GCACAGGCAGACCCCAGUCCCCUCCACUGCAGCCAUGUCCAUCCAGAAGAUCGUGGCCCGGGAGAUCCUGGAUUCCCGCGGGAAUCCCACGGUGGAGGUGGAUCUGUACACGGCCAAGGGACGGUUCCGGGCGGCAGUUCCCAGUGGAGCCUCCACCGGGAUCCACGAGGCCCUGGAGCUCCGGGAUGGGGAUAAGAGUCGCUACCUGGGCAAAGGGGUGCUGAAGGCCGUGGAGCACAUCAACAAGACUCUGGGCCCAGCUCUGGUGGAGAAGAAACUCAGUGUGGUGGAGCAGGAGAAGAUCGACAAGCUCAUGAUCGAGAUGGACGGCACCGAGAACAAAUCUAAAUUCGGGGCCAAUGCCAUCCUGGGGGUGUCACUGGCCGUCUGCAAGGCCGGGGCAGCUGAGAAGGGGAUCCCCCUGUACCAGCACAUCGCCAACCUGGCUGGCAACACUGAGCUCAUCCUGCCCGUGCCGGCCUUCAACGUGAUCAAUGGGGGCUCUCACGCGGGGAACAAGCUGGCCAUGCAGGAGUUCAUGGUGCUGCCGGUGGGCGCCGCGACGUUCCGCGAGGCCGUGCGCAUCGGCGCCGAGGUCUAUCACAGCCUCAAGGCCGUCAUCAAGGCCAAGUACGGCAAAGACGCCACCAACGUGGGCGACGAGGGCGGCUUUGCCCCAAACAUCCUGGAGAACAAUGAAGCUCUGGAGCUGCUGAAAGCGGCCAUUGGCCAGGCUGGGUACCCAGACAAGGUGGUCAUCGGGAUGGAUGUGGCGGCCUCUGAGUUCUGCCGGGAGGGCAAGUACGACCUGGACUUCAAAUCACCCCCAGACCCCAAGCGCCUCAUCACUGGGGAGCAGCUGGGGCAGCUCUACAAGAGCUUCAUCAAGGACUACCCCGUGGUGUCAAUCGAGGACCCCUUUGACCAGGACGACUGGGAGGGCUGGAAGAGCUUCCUGACACAGGUGGACAUCCAGGUGGUAGGCGAUGACCUGACGGUGACCAACCCCAAGCGCAUCGCGCGGGCGGCCGAGGUGAAGGCGUGUAACUGCCUCCUGCUCAAGGUCAACCAGAUCGGCUCCGUCACCGAGUCCAUCCAGGCGUGCAAACUGGCCCAGAGCCACGGCUGGGGGGUGAUGGUGAGUCACCGCUCGGGCGAGACCGAGGACACCUUCAUCGCUGACCUCGUGGUGGGGCUGUGCACGGGCCAGAUCAAGACGGGAGCUCCCUGUCGCUCCGAGCGCUUGGCCAAGUACAACCAGCUGAUGAGGAUCGAGGAGGCGCUGGGGGACAAGGCCAAGUUCGCGGGGCGCAAGUUCAGGAACCCCAAAGCCAAGUAGGAGGGGGAGGGGUAACAAACCCAGCCUGACCCCCCUCCCAGGGGUCGCUCCCCCACCUCCCUCAAUAAACUCUGAAGCACCACGA